CGCCGCCCACUUUUACAUUUCAUGCAACUCAAUCAAUUAAGAGAGAGUUACUCAGCAACAUGGCAUAUUUUUUUUUUUUUUUGCAAAAUGUUGGCCAAGUAGUUUUUCUACAUAUACGGGCUGAGUUAUAAUCCCUAGGAGUCUGGGGUACAUUUGUGAGUCUAUUAUUCUAUUAUUCUUUCACACUAGCUGAGUAACGGGUAUUUGAUAGUCGGGAAACUCGACUCAAGUUAGCUUUUUGAAAUGUGUCCAAAGCAUAGUUUUUACAGCUAUCACUAAUGUUUUCAUUUUAAGUCAAAUACUCUGAAAUUACAAAAUCAAAACUUUAUUGAAAUAAUUUGGUGUGAUUAUGACCAACUUGAAAUGCGUUUUCUUGGCUGGAUUACUCCACGUGAUCAAGUUCCUGGCGUUGUAUUCCAGAAGUUCCAAUGCUCCGGCACCGAAGCUACCCUCGCUAAUCGUGGGUCUUGCUGCGAUGGAUCUUAUAUGGGGCAAUUACUUCGUUCCACGGCUACUUCAAAAUAGUCCGGCAGUGAUCAAGCGGAUAUACGAAGUGAUAGUGUCGUACCAGCUUUUGGGGUUUGUCAAUGUGAUUUGGAAGUCAGUGGAUAAUAUGUGUGUCGUCCUAUUGAGGAUCUUCAUAAUCGGCACUGGCCACGUAUCGGAGUCCAACUAUGAAAACUACGAGAGCUACUGGGUGGGCAUUGUUACUGUGCCGUUGUCCCUCCUGAUCCUUGCAUUUGCCGGCCAAACCACUGGCCAUUUCCCCGUGUUACGCCGUGAAGAGGUGAUGGUUCAGCUGCACUGCAAGGAGGCCUUGAGGUACAUUAAUCGCCAUCCGACGAAGAAGCUGCGCCGCAUCGUGCCGAUUCUGAGGGAGCACAGGGAUCGGGAACGCCGACAGCAUAGGCAAUAAAUUGAAACUUGUGCUGGGCACGCGAAUUCAAUUGUAUUCGUUUAUUUUAUACAAGAAACAAGAAAUCAUAAUA